ACUUUCUCGCUUACUCCUCCCUGUAAACUCCCAUUUGCCCUGUUACUCUCUCAGUAGCUCUGUUUCCCCUGUUUUCCUCCAAAGAGCCAAUCUUUGCACAUACACUACUCUUUGACCUUUAAAGGUUAGUGUAUAUGCAAUCAAGAACUAACCAAAGAGAAUAUAUGAAGUGGGGUUUUUGUAAAAGUCACCAUGGUUGAAAAGCUUGAUGGAUUCGAUUUGAAGGGUGAUGGUGGUGGUAAGAAUGAUGACGGUAUUGGUGAUGAUACAUUAGAUUGGAUGCGUUUGCUAUUUGGAGAUAUUGAUGAUGAAAAUAAUGAGAUUGUUCUUGAAACAAACCAGAUAAUUAGAGAAACACCAAAAAAGAGCUAUGAGCAGAAUGAGAUGGCUAGAAAGCUUUUGCAGUUGAAUCCACUUGGAUUACAAUUCAGUCUGCCACCAAAUUGGAUGGAUUCAACAACAACUCCUAACCAUGCUAGAACAAUUGAAGCUGGGCUAUCCCAAGCAUCAAGUGGCCAGAGCAUGGAUAGCAGUAAUUUUGGCCAGAAGUCAAUGUCUUCCAGGUUGAAGGCCUCCAACUUUGCUGCCUCAUUUAUCAAAAUCGGUGAAUGGCAGAGAGCGUCUAAGAAUGAAGGUGAUUUGAUGGCUAAAUGUUAUUUUAUUAAAAAGAAGCUUGUGUGGGAAUUCUUGCAAGGGCGUCUGAAAUACAAGGUUGAGAUUCAAUGGAGUGAUAUAAGUGGAAUAAAUGCUGUAAUGGAGAGGAAUCAGCCAGGAAUUCUACAAAUUGAGCUAAACCAGCCUCCUACCUUCCAUGAGGAAAUUGAUCCGCAGCCGCGGAAACAGGCCAUUUGGAAGCUAGCAAAAGACUUCACUGGAAGGCAGGCUUCCAUUUUCAGGAUGCAUUAUCUUACGUUUCCUCAUAAAUACCUUGACAAACACUAUGAGAACCUCUUACUUUGCGAACCACGUUUCUUUGAGCUGAGCAAGCAGUCUUUUCCAACUCUGAAAAAUCCCUUCUUCCAUUCAAAUUUGUGUGGCAAUCCAGGCCAGACUCAGCAUAGUCAACCUUAUGGACAUAUCAGCCAGACUCAGCAUGUGCAACCUUAUGGACAUAAUGACCAGGCGCAGCAUAAGCAACUGCAUGGACAUAAAGGCCUGCCAUCUCUUAAGGAGAUGCCUACACCAGCAUCAGAUAGCUGCAAUGUCCUUGAGAAUCAAAGGAUGUCUUACUGGGGUCAAGGGAUGAGCAUUUACACAGAUGCUUUAGCAAGGAAUCAAGGUCUAGUUCCUUCUGUCCAAUCAACUCAGGUGCAUCCGACUGUUCCUUUCCAAAACUACAACCUAGAAAAUCUUGGUCAGGAAGCUGUGAUGAAUAAUAAUGCGGCCAAAGCUCUAGACGUCGAAAACCAACUGCUCGGUGACAUGCAAGCUGGUAGCUAUCAUGAGAAGUAUCAUAUGGAAAUGGUUGGGUCGCUGAACAAAAUGGUCAAUCUCCACAAGGAAGUUAGUCCUGAAAGUAAGAAAGCUUCCCAGGAAACUUUAUAUGGGAAAGACAUUAGCGGUGAGGAGAACUUUACUUUUUGUAUAGAUGAGAACGCAAAUUUAAUUGGUGGGCAGUUUUAUGAGCAGCAGAAAGUUACUUGGAUGCCUCGGAUUCAUCCUGCGAAUCCACCGACGCCUAAACAAAGGAACAACUUGCUCUACGACCCUGUCAAUAAUCCUAACCCUAAAGCGGAUAAGUUUGGAAACGUUAAUAACUUCAACAACUAUUGGAGCUGAGAAGGAAUUGGGAAUUGUAGAUGUAGGCAAUGGACCGAAGAAUGACAGGAUACAUGGUAUUGCAUUAGAUUAGGGCAUACUUUCUUUUCUUCCCUUUUCUUUUACUGUUGGAUAAUGCUAGCAAUGUCAAACUGCAAAUUUUGUAUAGUUGGUGUACUCGAGCAAGCAUUUAGUUUUGAAAAGCUUCGGAAAAAAUUUUUAAUGCUUUCGAUUUGCAAUGAAUUGUUGCUAAAUUUUGCAAUCCAGCUGCGAAUCUUCAAAAUCCCAUCAAUCAGAAGUUGUGAGUGCUUCAAGCUCUAAAUUCUUGGUUGCAAUUUCCAAAGCUUUAGAUAUCCACUCCUAUGAUUCUUCAAAAGAAGAGAUUACAGUAAUGCAAAUCAUGCACAAUAUUAUGCAUGAUUAGCAUUACUCAAGUUUAUAACCAGUGCUCUGCUCCAAUGAAGCGUUGGC